AUGGCGCUGCAGUUCGGCGGGGCGGGCGCGCCAGGCACAGCUGAAGAGCCGGCGUUGGUGGGGGGGAGCUUCGGGGCUGCGGACUCGUUCCCCAAGGACUUCGGCUACGGGGAGGAGGAGGAGGAGGCGGAGUUGGAGGGAGGCCCGGGGCCCGGUGGGCCCGGGGGCGGCGCGGGCGGGCCCGGCGGCGGCGCGGGCGGGGCGGACUCCAAGCCCCGGAUUCUGCUCAUGGGGCUGCGGCGCAGCGGGAAGUCUUCCAUCCAGAAGGUGGUGUUUCACAAAAUGUCUCCCAAUGAGACUCUGUUCUUGGAAAGUACCAACAAAAUCUACAAGGAUGAUAUUUCCAACAGUUCAUUUGUGAACUUCCAAAUAUGGGAUUUUCCUGGACAGAUGGACUUUUUUGAUCCAACAUUUGAUUAUGAGAUGAUCUUCAGAGGAACAGGUGCUCUAAUAUAUGUUAUUGAUGCCCAGGAUGACUACAUGGAAGCUUUAACAAGACUCCACAUUACAGUUUCAAAAGCCUACAAGGUCAACCCAGAAAUGAACUUUGAAGUUUUUAUUCAUAAAGUUGAUGGUUUAUCAGAUGACCAUAAAAUAGAAACUCAGAGGGAUAUUCAUCAGAGGGCUAAUGAUGAUCUUACAGAUGCUGGGCUUGAAAAACUUCACCUUAGCUUUUAUUUGACCAGUAUCUAUGACCAUUCAAUAUUUGAAGCCUUCAGUAAAGUGGUACAGAAGCUCAUUCCACAACUGCCAACCCUGGAAAAUCUACUUAAUAUCUUCAUAUCGAAUUCAGGCAUUGAAAAAGCUUUUCUCUUCGAUGUAGUCAGCAAAAUCUACAUUGCAACAGACAGUUCUCCUGUGGACAUGCAGUCAUAUGAGUUGUGCUGUGACAUGAUUGAUGUAGUGAUAGAUGUUUCCUGUAUAUAUGGGUUAAAAGAAGAUGGCACUGGAAGUGCUUAUGAUAAAGAGUCAAUGGCAAUUAUCAAACUCAAUAACACAACAGUCCUGUACUUAAAGGAAGUAACAAAGUUUUUGGCGUUAGUUUGUAUUCUUAGAGAAGAGAGUUUUGAGCGCAAAGGUUUGAUAGACUACAAUUUCCAUUGCUUCCGCAAAGCCAUUCAUGAAGUUUUUGAAGUAGGUGUUGCCUCCCACAGGAUCUGCAACCAUCAAUCAAGCACCUCAAAUAUGAAAGCAGUGACUCACAAUGGCACACCUAGGAAUGCAGUCUAGAGGAAAGCUAAAGACCUUGGAUAGACUUGUCAGCUCUUCACUCCAAAGUUUUGUGGAACAAGAGAGGAGUAGUCUGAAAGCCUGAAGUAUGUUUCAGAGAAGAGUGGUCCUAACUGUGGAACAGCAGAUUGUAACUCAUGUUGGGCAACUGAAACUACUGUGAAAAUACUUUGAGGCCAGUGGAGUUAGAAAUGUCAGUUUGAAAUCAGCUGUAUUGCAAAUGGAGUAGGUUUUCAGUUUGGGGUCCUCUUUUAACAGUCUGUGUCUGACUGAUUGCCUGGUCAAAACUUAAAAACAAUUGAGUUGGGUUUUGUGUGAAACACUGAACAGUCACUUGCUUAACUUUUUAAUUUUUUUUUUAAAUUAAUCUGUAGAAUAUCCUCUUUUGCUUAAGUUUACCUCCUGUCAUGCAAAAACAAAAUUGGUGUUAUUAAGGCUUGUGAAACUCAAGCUUUUUGCUUGCUGAGACUGGUCUCAAAUCAUUCCAUUAAGUAGUUCCUGUUCUUGCUGGUGUGCUCAUAGUUCUCAUGAAUUUUGUGCUUGUUAAGUGGAUGCAAGAUAGAGAGCUCUGUUGUAGUGAUCAUGUGUUUGUUUAGAGAACUGACCUGGAGCUUCAUUUUAAGAGAUAGUGAUACUUUGCUUUCAGACCACACUUCUUGGUAUGUCCCCUUUGAUGGAAGGGAAGGAUUAAAACCAGAAAUAAACUACCUGCUCUCUUUUGCAAAAACAUGGAUGUCAUAAAUCUGUGAUUAAUCCUAUUCAGGAAACAACUGCAUGGCUAACUAAACUGAAAUACCUGCCAUCUGUUGGAAUAAAGCAGCCACUUUCAGCUGUUCCCAAGGAAAGCAAUUACAAGGUCACUGACUUUUGAUAGUGGAUGAUUCUCCACUCUCUGACUGAUAAUCAAGACAAUUCCUAGCAAAAUGUCUGAGGGUGUUACCUGUGCAUGGCAAUUAAGUUCAAUGUGCCAUAAUUUACUAAUAUUACUGGACUUUGAGAGUACAUUGAUUCUGUCCUAUGACAAACACCCUCUUGUUUGUCACUGUGCAAUUUGACUAGAAUAGUGGUUUUUCUGACUUUGUGAAUUCUGCUGACUUUCAUACUAUGGGCAGUAUAUGUGAAUUCUUUAAUUUAUUGGUAUAAGUACUGCAGAUGUCAUUCUGUAGACCAGCCUUGCUGUGCAGGAGGCCCAGCCACUGGCCCAUAAAGACCUUGCCUCCUUUUACCUGUCCCUAUGUGUGUGUAGGUGUUGCAAAGCCAUUGGACCAACUAUCCAAGUCCCACUAUAAAAGUUUCUGCAAGAAGAACUAAUUGAAGUCAUCUCUGCAACUGUUGUAUUUAUGUGGUCAGAAAUAACCAUGGGACUGCUUCUGUGCUUAUAGAAUGAGCUUCCAUUGAUAUAUGUAAAAAUGAAUAUACAUGCAUUAACAUUGGGGUGUAUGCACAUACUGUGUAAAUGUUUUUUUUUUUUACAGCAGGAAACUGGAAUUUAAGUGCUCUAGGUCUGUUCUCUUAAAUCUAGGCUGAGCCCCUUUUUGCUAAUGGAGCUGCAGAGCUUUUAUUAAGGGAGUGCAGUGGGCUCUUAAGAUUGGGUUUUGUAGUUUGCAAGCACUAUCACAGUUCAAAUUCUGAAGGUAGGAGGAGAAGUAAUUGGCAAAACAACAGGAAGAAAGAAUCCCCAUUUGUGCAGCGAGUUUUCCAUGUUCUAAGUACAUGCAUAUGUUCUCUUUCUUUUUACCCACUACAGGAUUUUGUGCUAAUAAAAUGAAAAAAAAGUCAAACCGUAA